AUGGAGGCACACGUUGUUGCUUGGUACCGGCCAUACAGGAAUCUGGAGUCUCAUCAUCCUCUCCCUCUUCAUCCGGGGCUGAAUAAUGAGCCGCACUCGACUUUCGACUCGAGCACCCACACAAUACCAGUACGUCGCCCUGAGGUUCGUCGCGCACCCCUUGCCAUUGCUCCCCAGCAACUUGUUCCAGGUAUGCAGCUGUUGUGGAGAGAUAUUGUUGCGGCCUGCCAGCGUAUUGUCUGUGACCUGACAUCCGACUACGACUUUGCUCACGUGCCUCGCGACCUAGGCAAUACGCAGCUCCGCGUCGACUACAGCAACGAACCGGGGUACUGGGAUGAGGUUGCAGCUGCUGCGGUGUUGGACAAGAAGAAACGCAAGCGAUCUCUCGCGGAUGCUGGCCACAGUAACAAUCGCUGGCUAGAGGAAGAGUUCCGAGUUGAUGCACAGGCUGACAGUUGGAUCGGCGUCAGCUACCGGUUGCCCGGAACUGUCGAGUUCACUAUCUACCCAGGUGGGACGUGUCCAGAUCUGUCGACCGAGACUCCGCCGGGCGAGGUCUUUGACGGCUACCAAUAA